UGCAAUUCGAGCCUUGACCCCCAGCCCGGCUCGUCCCAAUUCAUCACCAUGGCCCUCCAACCCUGCCGUUCCGGCCUCUGGCGGAGUAGGCAUGCCGCCCGCACCCUCAUGCCUUGCGUGCGCACCUACGCUACCGACUCGACACCCGAAUCCUUCAGGACCAAGACACCGUCUUCCUCUGGUGUCGUGCCACGAUGGAGCCAGACGCCUGCCGCUAUGAAGGCGCCUCUGCAACUCGACUGGGCAAAGAAUCCUCAGAACAAGGUCUGGACUGUCAACAACGAUCCCAAGAAGCUGGACGAGGUGUACGAGCGCCUACUGGGUCCUGGAGGCAGCAAACUUCUGCCCGAGGAGCUCAAGUGGUUGGCUGUUACGCACAAGAGCUUUGAUCAGGGACGAAGAGGAUUCAACGACCGAUUGGCGCUUCUAGGACGAAUGACUCUUGUCAUGGAGACGACAAAGACAAUUGUUGCCCAAAGUCCAAUGGGAACACCGAAUUUCGACGACGGAUUUGACCGCCAGCCAUUCGUGCAUCCAAAUUUGCAAUCGGUAGACAAUCUCUCCAUCAAAGGACCCAAGGACGUUGUCGGCAAGGAGAGACUAUCUGGCUUGGCAGCUGAAGUGGGAUUGAUCGAUGUUGUGCGGUGGAAGCCCAAACAGGUACAUACAUCUGCUGUCCGCGGUAACUCGACUAACGUGCAGUAGGUGCAAAAGCUCCGAGCUUCAGGUGCCGAUGUCGUGCUCAACGGUGCCAUCAUGGCCAUCAUUGGUGCCAUCACAUUACAGCAUGGAGCAGUAGUGGCAUCACAGGUUAUCAGAGAGAGGAUAUUGUCAAGACUACAGGAUUGAGCAUGGUGAGUGGGUUAAUCUGUAUCAUAUCUGUACCAUAAGAAAGGUCUGGACCUGUACAUGACAGUCUUGCAAGCUGUAAAGAUACUCGAGUCUAUUGAUCAGUCAUGAAGCAUGUCUAUAGGAAUUAGGGCUAUAAAAGUAACGUCAGGGUAUCAAAUCAUUGCAACAAAGGCGUCUCCUCAUCUGCUGUUUGAGCAUCCUCUCCAUUGUCUUCCUCGUUGUCGUGAUGAAUGAGCUUCUCUCGGUAUAUCCACCCAACGCACGUUCCAGCGCCAGGUCCAACUACAAUGGAAGUGAUGAUUGUUGUCAAAGGAACGCGCCACCCAACCUCCACCAACAUCCAGUACAGAACGGUCCAGAAGAUGAACUGGGCGUUGACUUCAAUAAAGACAAUGAUUGAUCUCGUCAUUUCUUUGCGGUCGUCGGGUCGAGUCAAGCUCCAGAUGAAAGAAACAUGAGCCAGAACCGAGCAGAUCAAGGGCAGUAUGUAAACAAACAACAGAGACCACCGAUUGGAUGCGAGAUGGACGAGUGUUGGGUCAACUCUCCUCAGAGCAGCGAUAGUGUGACGAAUAAUCUGGCGAAUGAUUUCGACAUAGAUCGGGAAGAAGAGCCAGAUGCCGAUCGUCUCGGGAGUUGUAUAGAACAGCAUAAGAAAAGACGGAAGAAAGUAACCAAGCGCUACACUGAUAGGAAUAGCCACGAGUUCACUAUCAGGAAGAUGACGACUCGUAAAGAUCUGAUGCGCAUCGCCACCCUCAUCUCUCCUCUGUGCAUUCAAAACACUUCUCGCGCGAUGCAGAAACGCAGGAAUAAUAACAAGCUCCCAGACGACAGCACCACCCACAAGAUCAAACACCAACCAUGGACCAGUAGGAUACGCGAUGAGAACAUUCGGCGCAUUGCAGAUACGCGCUGAUUCAACGGUGCUCACUGUCAAGAGACCGCCGAUAAAGGCCAACACAACGCCCAUAACAGCGCGGCUGCGCAAUGAGUGAAGCGCGGCGCGGAAGAAGCUGAUCAGAUAGCAUAGAGGUGUGCCGAGACCUGGAAUGCGACUAACACCAGGAAGGCGGGCGUGAGAGUGGCAUUGGGACCAGAGAAGAGCAAAGUUGACAUCUGAGUGGAGGAAGAGAGUGACGAUGGUUGCUGCGGCUAGGAGGAUUGGGGGGAUGAUUAGGGAGCGAUAUGAGAAGUGGUGAAUAGGAGCUUUCCGAGGCAUGUUGAUCGUUUGUGUUGGAUUAGUGAUGAUGAGAAGAAAACUGCUGUUAAAGUCUUAUUAUGAGUUGGGUGAUUAUUAUGGUCAUGUGGAAG